AUGACCGAGAGGGGGCCAUUCAAUAGCGACCUAGUAGCCUACACGAUAAGGCGGGUCAGUGGAGCCAGAGGGAGAGGAGCUGAGGACGAGGGCAUGGGUUGUGGGGAGAUAUGUGGCGACAUGAAGUUGCAACUUGAGAAUUUGGAUGGGUUCCCUCGGCUCGAAAGGGUCAUCGCGUCUCCUUCAUCUCCACCCCGAAAACCUCCAAAGCUCCCCGCGAACCUCCCUCCCUCGAUAACCCUCGUUGAGCUUCCCUUGCCUCGCGUCCAUGGCCUCCCCGACUCUGCCGAGUCGACCUCCGAGCUGCUGCAUAACAUGGUCCCUUACCUUAAGAAGGCAUACGACAUGCUCGAGCCAGCUGUUGCCGAGUUCCUUGCGAACUCGGACGUCGACUGGGUGAUCCAAGACUUCAUGUCUUUCUGGUUACCCCAAAAGGCGAGACGACUGGGUGUUAAAUCGGCGUUCUUCUGCAUAUUGAGUGCUAGCACCCUCGUCUUCGGCGGCCCGCCAUCCCUUUUGAUCGACAGUCAGGUCCGAGCCAAGGCGGCAGAGGACUUGACGGUCGUUCCCCAGUGGGUUACUUACCCCACUAAAGUCGCGUUUAGGCUUCACGAGGUGAUUAACGAAGAGGAUAUGGUGGACUCUGACACUAACAUGUCCGUUUUCGAAAGGCUUGGCAGGUUGAUACAGGGUUGUGAAAUAGUGGCCACAAGAACCUGUAGCGAGUUUGAGGCCGAGCCAUUGAGUCUACUUAAGAAGCUUUACGGAAGAGCCGUGGUUCCGAUGGGGCUUUUGCCGCCCCAGAAUAAAAGCCGGCACGAAGGAGACGGGAGGUGGAGUGAGCUAAAGCAAUGGUUGGAUGAUAGGGAAGAGAAGUCGGUGUUCUACAUCGCCCUCGGCACUGAGGUGGCUUUGAGUCAAGAGUUAAUGCACGAGUUGGCAUGUGGAAUUGAAAAGUCAGGUUUGCCCUUCGUCUGGGUGGUAGGCCGAAAGGCCGGUCCCGGCAGUAUCCCUUCCAGCUUCGAAAGCCGGGUGUCAGGUCGAGGCUUCGUCUGGGUGGGUUGGGCUCCUCAGCUAGACAUCCUAGCCCACCCGUCGGUCGGCGGGUUCUUGACGCAUUGUGGGUGGAGCUCGGUCAUAGAGGCCCUCGGGCAGGGCCGGGCGCUAAUCUUGUUUUCCGAGGGGCACUCAGACCAAGGACUUGUGGCAAGGCUGAUGGACGAGAGGCGGGUCGGGUCAGAGGUACCAAGAAAUGACCGAGACGGGUCGUUCACGGGCGACUCGGUAGCCAAGACGAUAAGGCGGGUCAUGGUGGAGCCGGAGGGAGAGGAGUUGAGGGCAAACGCAUGGGCCAUGAGGGAGAUAUUCGGCAACGUAGAGCUGCAGCACAAGUAUCUAGAGGAGUUCGCUCAAGCUGAACACCCCCCGACUCUCAACUACCAUUUUAAUUCGGGUAUAAAUAUAGCAGCUGUUCCGUUCUUGAUGGCAGACGAGUGGAUGAAUUUGGGCCACAAUUUGCAGUGA